AUGGUUGACGGGAAAGUGUGCAAUGCAGCCACCGAUACUGCUUCCACCAUGAGAUGCUUCAUUUGUGGACAAACUUCGAAAGAUUUUAAUAAAUUAAUCCAACCAAAAGAAAUUAAUGUAGAAUCACUGAAGUUUGGACUAUCAAUUCUUCAUGCUAGAAUUCGAUUUUUCGAAUCGCUUCUUCAUGUAGCUUAUAAAUUGCCACUGAAAAAGUGGCAAGCACGAUCUCCCGAAGACAAAAAAGUUGUCAAGGAAACAAAAGAAAAAAUACAAAGAAACUUCAAAGAUGAAAUGGGACUUUUGGUAGAUAUUCCCAAAGCGGGAUUUGGGAAUACCAAUGACGGAAACACUUCAAGACGAUUUUUUGCCAACCCGGAAUGUUCUUCUCGGAUAAUUGGAAUCAAUUUAGAUUUGAUAGUUAAAUUCAAAAUUAUACUUGAAGUGAUUUCGAGUGGCUAUUGCAUUGAUCCUGUUAAAUUUGAUACAUUUGCACUCGAAACUGCAAAAAUGUAUAUAGAUCUGUAUGGUUGGCAUCCCAUGACACCAACUAUACACAAAGUCUUGGUUCAUGGUGCAGCAUUGAUAACUCAUGCAAUUCUACCAAUUGGCCAGCUAUCGGAAGAGGCAUCUGAGGCCCGCAACAAGCACUAUGGGCAAUACAGAUUGCAUUUCGCUCGAAAAUUUUCACGAGUGGAUUGCAACAGAGAUAUAUUGCAUAUGCUGCUACUUAGUUCAGAUCCAUAUAUAAGUAACUGCCGACAAAGGCAACACAAGAAAACUGAGCCCUUCUCAAAAGAGGCAGUCAAUCUAAUGAUCGCAAACGCACCACCAAUACCACCAACUGAAGACGAUCGUGAUAGCGGAAGAAAUAUGGAAGAUACUGAAGAAGGUGAUUAUGAAGAAGAUAACGACAAGGAAUAUGACGAUGAAGAAGAAGACGAAUAUGAUGAUGGAGAAAAUGACGACAAACAGUAUAAUUCUAAUUAA